AUGUCUGUUGCGACAAUGCUUCAACCAGCAUCGAGAAUAUCCCGAGCCUCCUCUUCGUCCUCUUCCUCGUUUCAACCCGUCGCAAGACAGAACACCAUGUCGUCUCACGAUACUCGGUCGCUCCGUCAAUCCAAGCGGAUGUCGGUCACGGCACUGUAUCUGUCCAUGUCCGCCAAGGAUAGAGACUUGGAAAUCUCCGAUGAUCUCGCAAGAGCACAGAAACACCUGAGAGAAUUGAAAUCAAAGAUCUCCUCGCAGUCCAAGAAGAACUUCGUAUUGGAAAAGGAUGUGCGAUACCUCGACUCGCGUAUUGCGUUGUUGAUUCAGAACCGAAUGGCCUUGGAGGAGCAAAACGAAGUCGCCAGCCAUCUCGAUGAUACCGCCGACCCGCAAGAGGGUUUCUUUCCCAACGAUGAGCGUACCCAGAAGUAUGGCAAUCUGCUCUUUCUGCUGCAGUCCGAGCCCCGCCACAUCGCCCACCUGUGUCGACUAGUCUCAAUGGCCGAAAUCGAUUCGCUCUUGCAGACUGUCAUGUUCACCAUCUACGGAAACCAGUAUGAGAGCCGCGAAGAGCACCUCCUCCUUACCAUGUUCCAGUCCGUCCUCACCUAUCAAUUCGACAAUACCCCCGAGUACUCCUCCCUUUUACGCCAAAACACCCCUGUCUCUCGUAUGAUGACCACCUACACACGCCGUGGCCCUGGACAGAGCUACUUGAAGCAGGUUUUGGCUGAUCGGAUCAACUCGCUGAUUGAAUUGCGCGAUGUGGAUCUGGAAAUCAACCCCCUGAAGGUUUAUGAAUCGAUGGUGAAACAGAUCGAAGAAGAGACCGGCUCGCUGCCAGACUACCUCGCUCGCUCUGUUACAGCCGAGGAUGCUGCCGACAAUAAGCAGGUCCAGGCAAUCAUCGCACCGCGCCUCAAGAUGCUGACAGAUAUAGCCAACGGAUUCAUUACCACCAUCAUCGACUCGGUAGAUGAAACACCUUACGGUAUCCGAUGGAUCUGCAAACAGAUCCGCAGUCUUUCCCGUCGCAAGUACCCCGACGCCCAAGACCAGACCAUCUGUACCCUUAUCGGCGGUUUCUUCUUCCUGCGGUUCAUCAACCCCGCUAUUGUUACACCACGCUCCUACAUGCUGAUCGACGCGACACCUACCGACAAGCCCCGCCGUACUUUGACUCUGAUUGCCAAGAUGAUCCAGAACUUGGCUAACAAGCCUUCAUACGCCAAGGAGCCUUACAUGUCCAGCCUGCAGCCUUUCAUCGAAUCAAACAAGGAACGAGUGAACAAGUUUUUGCUUGACCUGUGUGAAGUCCAAGACUUUUACGAGAGUUUGGAGAUGGAUAACUACGUGGCUUUGUCCAAGCGUGAUCUGGAGCUGCAAAUCACUCUCAAUGAGAUGUACGCUACUCACGCGCUUCUCGAUAAGCACAGCGAUGCCCUCACCCAGGACCACAACUCGCACCUUGCUCUCCUACUACAAGAGCUAGGAACGGCACCCCCACUGGUGCCUCGCAAAGAAAACAGGACCAUUACGGUGCCACUUUUCAGCAGAUGGGAGAUAGCUCUGGAUGACCUGACGGCCGCCCUGGAUAUUACCCAAGAAGAGGUGUUCUUUAUGGAGGCCAAGUCAACCUUUGUCCAGAUCCUUAGGUCUCUUCCACAAAACUCAUCGGUCGCUCGCCGGCCUCUGCGAUUGGACCGCAUCGCUGAAGCAGCUGCAACCCUCAAAAAUGAUGCAGUGAUGGUGCGUAAAGGCAUUCGCACCAUGGAAUUAUUGAGUCAACUCCAGGACAUGGGUGUGAUCGACCGCUCCGACGAGUUCAGUUUGCUGAGGGACGAGGUGGAGCAAGAAUUGGUGCACCUCGGCUCGCUCAAGGAGAAGGUACUGGAUGAGACACGCAAGCUAGAAGAAGUUUUUGCCACCAUCCGCGAUCAUAAUGCUUAUCUAGUGGGCCAACUGGAAACCUACAAGUCCUAUCUCCACAACGUGCGCAGCCAAUCUGAGGGUAAGCAACGGAAAACGCAGAAGCACCAGGAACUCGGCCCGUACAAGUUCACCCACCAACAGUUGGAAAAGGAGGGCGUCAUCCGCCGCAGCAAUGUUCCCGAAAACCGUCGCGCGAACAUCUACUUCAUGUUCAAGAGUCCGUUGCCCGGAACAUUUGUGAUCAGUCUGCACUAUAAGGGCCGCGCGCGUGGUCUGCUUGAGCUUGACCUCAAGCUGGACGAUCUCCUGGAGAUGCAGAAGGAUAGCCUUGAGGAUCUUGACCUGGAAUAUGUUCAGUUCAAUGUCACCAAGGUGUUGGCUCUGCUCAACAAGCGAUUUGCACGCAAGAAGGGUUGGUAA